UGCGUUCGGUUUUGCUGGCCUCUGCCGCACGCCGUACGGCUCCAACGCUGUGACGGACGACGAAUACUACCGUGUAUAGAAAAGGAAAAGAAAAAAAAAAACAGGCGUCACCGUGUGUGCGGGUUUUCGUGCGUUCGUGCGUGUGCCUACCUCUACGUGUGUCCCUCCCCGCCUGUAGGGGAGAGAAAUGGGAUGUAAACGCAUCGGACAUCCCGCGGUUCGGUGCAUUUUUGUUUGGCCGCCAUCGGUGAAGAUUUUGUGAUCGGCUGAGAUUGCACCCGCCAUUGCACCGCAGUGAGUUCGUUUAAGUUAGUUCUCUCCACCACCUGUCCCUGUUUGGUGUCUUUUCUCGUCAGAGAUAGUUCUCCAACAAAACAAACCAUAACUUUCGUGCACCAGUGACACACCAGCAUCGGCGACUUUAUGGAGUUUAGAGAACUAGUUUGUGUAGAGUAGAAAAGAAGGCAGAUCAUAUACCACUCUCGACGGUUGUGGAGGAAAAUUAAAACACAACAUUGGCCGGGUGUGUGUUUGAAGGUAAAAAGAAAAUCCCCAACUCAGCGGGAAAUGUCGUCCAGUGUGUGAGUGCUGCUCUUUUUGUGUGUCUGCGUGUGUGUAUGACUAGCUUCCGGUUUUCGAAUAGCGAACGAACUGGCAGCAUCCCUUCGUUGCUGAAACCAGCAAGCGCUCCGAGAACACACUCCAUGCUUCCUCUAACCGUCUCCCACAUGAAGCGAAUAGAGUAAGCUAUCGGUAAAAUCGUACGAUAAUCAGUGCACAACUUUUAAUUCAACGAAAAGCAUUUACACUUUCUUAUAGAGGAAUAGAAAUUGGCAUAAUUCUACACCGACCACAGUGCACGUAAUAUACGACAAGCAAUCAUACAGUAAAGUGGAGAUAAAAAGCUACUAGAGGAAGUCGGUGCGAGAAAGAUCAUUUAUCAUUAUUUUCCAAUGUGGUGUUUUAUCUGUGAGUGUUGUGAAAAUAAAUUUGAUCCUUCUAUCUAUUUCUCGUCUAUGAAAAGUGGGAGUUGGUAAAGUGAACUUCUGCUUCCGAAACGAGGAGUGAAAAAUUACGAGCAAUGCAAUAAGAGAAUUGUGACAGCAGCAGCAGCAGCAGCUCCUUGAUAAAACAAAGCAGGCGCUGCUGGAGUGAAAUGGUUGAGUGGCACAAAGGAGAUGAAAAAAAAUCACAUCGCCGGUGAAACCGGGGCGAAAAGUGAAAUGUGAAACACCAUCGGGGUGGAAAGUGUGCGCCCUAAGCAUCAGCGUGUUCGACAAACUGCGCGGAACUGGCCGGAAAAUAAAACGCUGGGCAGUUGGAUGCGAAAAAUUGGGCACCGGGCCGGGAAAUAGAGAGGCGAAAGAAAGAAAGAAAAAAAAAACAAAUGGAAUCAUCUCGAGCGGCGGGUGGAGAAAAAGUCAUCCGAGAUUUGGCUGCAAAGGAGACAACACAAAGCGAAGAAAAGUAAAAACAACGUCACCGGUGUUAAAAGGAAGUGAAAACCAUCGGCCAUAUUGGUGGUGGCGAGUGAAAGAAAAGUAGAAGUGGUUCAAACAUAACCCGAUGGAAAGGUAAAAUCAUUACGGCAACAUUAGCCAACAGAGAGAGAGGUGUGUGCAACCUUGGUGUACGUUUGGGUGAGGUGUGUCGUGUGUACAUAAGAGCAAGCAAGCUCGGGAAGCAGUGAAAUCGUCGUGAGGAAAGUGAUGUGAAGUGACUUUUUUCGGCCAAGUUCGGUUUAGUAGCCCACUCCCACGGUUUUGAUGUGAAGUAUCGUUUCCACAAAUUGUAAAUUACCCAGCGGAAGGUAAAUAGUAGUGGAAAGUGAGUUGAAACAUGAAAUAAAAUGUAAAAAUAGUUUGUGUGUUGAAGUAAAACAUCGGUGUCGUGUAAAAUUUGUGUAAAAAUCUGUGUAAAAAAAAAGAUUGAUAACCAUCGUUCGUGUUCGAUUCUUCGUAGAAAAUAUCUACUUAAAAACUACUCGAAAAGCAAUUCUUCAUACAUUCGGCCGAAGCGCUUUUCUUCUUUCGUCGAGGGAAAAGGAACAUUUGCUACCAUCAUUAUCAUCGUCAUCAACAUCGUCUGCAGUAAAUUGAAUCACAGAUCUGGUUGGAAUCUCAACUCCACUAACUCGGCUGCUACUAAAGGGAUUUACUACGGAUUCACGGUGCCAUGCAAGGCAGAAGGAUGCUUCCAGGGUGUAGCGUUGCGAACCGUUCGCCACAGAGCAGCACGUUGGUCAGCUUGCGGCUUGACCGAGUGUUGAAUCCGAACGACAAAUAAACCUGUUCCAAGAGAAGGAAGUACGAGGAAGCGAAUACCAAUUUCGGAACGAAGUGCAAUAGAAGGAGCAUCAACCGUACCCCGCGGUUUCAAUCAAUCGUAAACUCCAGCGUUUGAGUGGAGUUAUGCAGGACGAAUCGAAGAGUAACCAUUGCAAUCUCUUGGCAAGUGACGUCGGUCACGGAGGACAUUAGCGUGUAAGCGAAAACAACAGUCAUCGAGAGAAAGACCGAGGGAGUAUAAGAAUCUCCGACGGACAAAAGCAAACAUCGGUAAAGGAAGUGUCAAACGGGAGUGAGGAAUCUCCUGUGCAGAGACUUGCAGAGUGUCACCAAUCCUGAUCCAAAUCAACACCUCCCCUUUCGGUUGGUCAUGUACCGUGUAAACAUCGUCAGCGCAAAUCCGACCGUGUCAGCGAGUAGCAGCAGCAGUAGCGGAAGCAGCAGUGGGAGCGGAACGAACGUGAUCCUUCAGCAAGCGCCACAGAUCAUCGGGCUGACCGGUGCAAGCCACACCAUACUGGCAGGGCAAUCGGUAGCGUCCGCUGCCGGCACCACGGCACUGCCCAUCGGCACGAUUGUCAGCAUCCAGCAGCAGCAGCAGCAGCAGCAACCGCAAACAUCGUCCUCGUCGUCCUCGUCCGUUCCCGUGCCAACGGCGACCAUUAUCGGGCUGAGUGCGAGUACGCUCAGUGCACUGAAUGCGGCAACGGUGGCCGCCGGGGGGACGAUAGCGAGCGGUGGCGCAACGAUAACGCCCGUUACGGGCAGCACGGGCCCGGUUGGAGUGGCCGGUACCGCUGGCCAGCUGCUGAAGGUUACGACCGCCGCCGGCAACAACAACAGUAUCAGCAUCCUGAAGAUCGGUGAUGACAUCAUGCUGAAGGCGGUCAAGGUGGAACCCAUCCCGAGCGACACGGGCGGUGGCACUGGGGGUGGUGGUGCUGGAGCUGUUGCAGGCGGAAGUAGUGCCUCAUCCGCAUCCGUUAACGGGAGUAGCAGCACGAGUGUCACUGCCAACACCGUCACCGUGACAACGAUACCAUCCACCAACGGAGGCGGCCAUGUUGUCUUCGGUGGAAAACGAAGGCACGAAAGCAACGAAGAAUGGAUAUCCUCACCUAGUCCCGGCAGCGUGCAAGGAUCCGCGCCGCCAUUGAGCCCCUCGCCCGGCUCGCAGAGUCACACCUACACUACCACCAUGUCCAACGGCUACUCGUCGCCGAUGUCCACCGGCAGCUACGAUCCGUACAGUCCAAAUGGAAAAAUGGGACGUGAAGAUCUGUCCCCGUCGAGCAGUCUCAACGGCUACACCGGCGAUGGGAGCGAGGCGAAGAAGCAGAAGAAGGGUCCGACGCCACGGCAGCAGGAGGAGCUGUGUCUCGUGUGCGGCGAUCGGGCCUCCGGCUAUCACUACAACGCGCUCACCUGCGAAGGCUGCAAGGGGUUCUUCCGGCGCAGCGUCACCAAGAACGCGGUGUACUGCUGCAAGUUUGGGCACGCGUGCGAGAUGGACAUGUACAUGCGGCGUAAGUGCCAGGAGUGUCGGCUGAAGAAGUGCCUGGCGGUCGGUAUGCGGCCCGAGUGCGUCGUCCCCGAGACGCAGUGCGCCAUGAAGCGGAAGGAGAAGAAGGCGCAGAAGGAGAAGGACAAGGUGCAGACGCACCCGUCGUCGUCGCCGGUCAGCACGACGAACAGCAGCAACUACAAGUCGGAGCUGCUGCCGGUGCUGAUGAAGUGCGAACUGCCACCGACCACCGCGAUACCCCUCCUGCCGGAAAAGCUGCUGAACGAAAACCGACAAAGAAACAUACCUCUCCUCACGUCCAACCAGAUGGCCGUCAUCUACAAGCUGAUCUGGUACCAGGAUGGCUACGAGCAACCAUCGGAGGAAGAUCUCAAGAGGAUAAUGAUCAACUCACCGAACGAGGAGGAAGAUCCACACGAAAUCCACUUCCGGCACAUAACGGAAAUCACCAUUCUCACAGUACAACUUAUCGUCGAGUUCGCGAAGGGACUGCCAGCAUUUACCAAGAUCCCGCAGGAGGAUCAAAUAACGUUACUAAAGGCCUGCUCCAGUGAGGUGAUGAUGCUGCGAAUGGCCCGACGGUACGACGCCGAAACCGACUCGAUCCUGUUCGCCAACAACCGUUCCUAUACGCGCGACUCGUACAAGAUGGCCGGCAUGGCGGACACGAUCGAGGACCUGCUGCACUUCUGCCGGCAGAUGUACACGCUGACGGUGGACAACGUCGAGUACGCGCUGCUGACCGCGAUCGUAAUCUUCUCUGACCGGCCCGGUCUGGAGAAGGCGGAGCUGGUCGAGACGAUCCAGAGCUACUACAUCGACACGCUGCGCGUGUACAUCCUCAACCGGCACGGUGGUGACCCCAAGUGCAGCGUCACCUUCGCCAAGCUGCUGUCGAUCCUCACCGAGCUCCGGACGCUCGGCAACCAGAACUCGGAGAUGUGCUUCUCGCUCAAGCUAAAGAACCGCAAGCUGCCCCGCUUCCUGGAGGAGAUCUGGGACGUGCAGGACAUACCGCCGGUCGGGCUCGCGCGACACCAAGAGCUCGUCGCCCAGCAGCAGCAGCAACAGCAGCAGCAGCAACAACAAUUACAGCAACAGCCUGACAAUCCCAAUGCUUCCUCCAUGGCGUCCACGUCGUCCCCGUCGAACCUUCAGCAGCUGGAAAUGGCGGCCCAGCUACAGCAUCUGCAGCAAGUACACAACAAUGGCACCGCCACGAUCGUCGUCGGACCCCCGAACACCAACACCGCCACCAACGGGAACACCCUCAACGGCAGUAGUAGUAGCGGCGGCGGCGGCGGCGGCAGCAGUAGUAGCAGCAGCAGCAGUAGUAGUAGUAGCAGCAGUAGCACAAAUAACAACAGCAGCAGCAGUAGUGGCAGCAGCACUAACAGUAGUAAUAGCAGUAACGGCAACACAAGCAACGGUUUGCUCGCGACCGUCGGGAUGCUCGAUCACCACGUAUAGCUAGUGUAGGACACGGUGCCCGCUGUUGCUGCCACCACCACCGUCGUCGUCGUCGAAGGAGGACAGCAGCAUCAGCACCAGCAGCAGCAGCGUGGACUGGUGGAUGGUACGCUUUACGAAGCGCACCACCACCACCACCACGCGCAUCCGCUGACGGGCCUCGUCGUCUCCGACUCCGACAACGACGACGACGAUGUAGGCGACACCGGCGGCAGCGUCUUUCCGGACGACGACAUUCUAUUUAUCGUAGAGAGCUAAUUUAUUUUACCGAUUACCAUCCACCGGACAAACGCUUAGUAUCGUAAAAAAUAGGUUUUGACGGUUCUCUUACUUUCGUUAAUUUUCAUUACUUUUUUUCGUUUCUUUUUUUUCAUUUACUUUCACCCAUCGUUUGCUCGAACCAGGGUUGUAUGUGUUCGAUGUUACGCUCGUUUGUAACCGAACGUGGCCUAACAAACGAUUAUCCUUUCAUUCCUCUUGCGUGUCACGCGGUUUAAAGUUUUUUUUUCCUUUUCUCUCAUUAUUCAUUAUUAUUUUCGUUUACAUUUAUUUUUCCUACUUGCAUAUUACACCACACUUGGCGUGUAAUUUGCUACCUAAUGCAAAUAUCAAAUCGAUUUGUGAACGGGGGGUUCCGAAACGGGGAAGAAUGCAAUAUUAAACCACUUUUGUUUGUUCGCGCGAAAAGAGUGUGCUGUAGAUAAUCACACCGGAUUCCGUGGUGGGACAACCUUAUGUUGGAAGUGAAGUUGGAAUUAGGAGAAUAAAGAGAAGAAGAAAAAAACAACAAACACACAAAAAGGGGAGAGUAAAAGUACUACUACUAGUGGUUAAGGUUUCCAGGGAGGGAGAGAGAGAGGGAGAGAUGGUACGAAGAGAGAGGUAUCUAUAGUGAAGCGGAAAGAGGUAGGAGGGUUUGCUUUCCACCGAGAAAGGCUAGGGAAUUUCGCCAACGAAGGUGUGUAUUUAAAAACGUAAAAAAAUAAACUAACAAGCUAAGGGGAAACAGUAAGAAAAGUGGUUGAAAAGUAGAUAAAACACACACACACAAUGGAAAAGAUACUAGUUCGAUAGGGCAACCCCCACUACAUCUGUGGAAGAAGGCGAAAGAAGGGAACCACGCAUUUUCACACCGCCAAGAGAAAUAAGGGACCGAUGAGGACGGGCGACUACUUUGCGGAUUAACCGGACACCACCGGGUUUGAUGUCCCGGAGCAGUAGUAGAUUUGUAGAGAGCACAGCUCCCUUGGAUUAUUUUAUUUAUGUGUAUCGUACAAAUUACGAUCGAGUAGUAGAGAGGUCUGCAUCGCAGUAGGCAUGCAGGCUACCACGGUUCAUCGUAAUAUCCCCAUUUUGCUACAUAACGACACAGAACUACAAUAACGAAAAAAUACUGCCAGCUACUAAGCGCUGCUAAGUUUACUUUGACUGCUACACUCUACAACUGCUAUUGUGAACGGCUACUGCCACUGGGGGAACUGCGGACAACGAACCACUGCAACACUGCUAUUACAACAUCAAGAACUACUACUACUACUACUGCUACUGCUGGUGCAGCAUUACCGAAACAAGGAAACCACCGUCGCAACGGCUGCUAUAUUCCAUCCACAUUCACCCAAACGCACUGCCAGAGAUAGUCAGCGAUGACUGGUAGCGACGGACAUAGUUCUAUAUGCCAGGAAAGAAUCAUUCUUUUUCAUCCCUUACCGUUAAAAUAGAAAAAAAAACAAAAGUCGAGAGUGGUGUACACUGUUCGUGUGGCUGGUGUGUUGGUAGUAGGCGACUACUGUUGCCCCCGGUUUCGGUGCGAGGAUAACUCCGGUUAGAAAGCAGCAGGCGUUGCUUUUCCCAUACACCCCCCUCACCCUGUAAACGAGGGAGCGCAAUGAUGUGAAGGUGUGUUGGAAACCUUCUUUCGUAUCGUUUGGCUGUGACUUGUUAAUAUUUUUUAAGAGAAGCAUAUAUAUUAUUAUUACUACAAGUGUAACUAUAGCGUAAAGACCCCCGCC